AUGAAGAAAAGAUCAAUCCUGAAGAAUAAAAACAAAGGAGCCCAGCCGGCACUAAAAAUUGGUGAUAAUGUGGAUGAAUCUGGCCUUGGUGUGGAAAUUAUUCAAUCAAAUCCUUUAUUUGCUAUAGGUGUUGAAUUGCAGCCUCCCAUGAAGCAAGUGACUGAGUCACGCAAAGAACAAGAUGCACAAACCCUAGCUCCGCACCCCCCUGCGAAAACCCUAAUUACACGCGCCCCUGAGGAAAUUGUGAUUGCACGACAAGCUGACUCAAUGACAGGGCUGUCAUCUUUGGAAAAGCUUGCUAUUCCAGUGGAUGUCCCUGAUGAACUGCCUCCGCCACCAGGGGUUUCCAAUCGAUUUGUGGUGUUGGAGACAAUUGAUGAGUCUGAGGAAGAUGAUACUGUUGAAAAUAUCUUUAUUGAAGAUUUGACUAUUGAGCACACUUCUCUGGACCUUACUAUUCCAGCAGUGGCCCUGCAACACCUUCAAAAUGCUCUGGAGACUAUAACAGCUGGAUAG